AUGCCCACCUUGCUCCCAUGCGCCCAAGACCUCGCUGGACAAAGUACACUGUUUGCCGGACUGGAUCGUGGUGCACCCGGUAGCGACGCACCGGAGGCCAAGUCCAGUACUGCUGUGUGUGUAGCAGCAAUCCAGGACCGGAUUGACCAAGAACGUCAAGCGACACAGGAUGGCUCACGUGAUUAG